AAUGAACUCUAAUCCUCCUCCAGUGAUCAUUUUGUAUAGGUAGAGUCUUAAUGUAAUUUAAUUUAACUUACACAAUAGGAUCCAGACAAGAAGAAUUUCAGCAAGUUGUGGUAGUAAGAACCGAUUGAAGUGAAAGAAGUAUGAAAUUAUUAUGAUGAGUGAAUAGUUUUUUUCAAAUUUAUUUCAGGCUUUGAAAUAUUCUAAAGACGGUAUGGCUCAUACGAUUUUUGAAAUGGAGACUAGUGAUUCCCAUUCUGAGAUUUCAGAGAUUAAUUGGAAAAAUUAAGGAUUUAUCAGUGAAUAGAGUAAUUCUAUGUAAGAAUUGCUAAAUAUUUUGGAAAUAGAGAAAUUACCAAUACAGUCUGCUUUUUUGGAGAACAAUUCAAUAAAUUCAAUAGCGUAUGAUAUAAUUUAAAAGGUUAGAUAAUUGUGUGAAAGAAUGAAAACUUUGAAUAUCAACGAAGAAUUGAGUCACAAAAUAAAUGAUAGCUUUCUCAAGAUUUAAAAACUUCGUAAGUGAAAAAUAAACAUUGAUUUUUG